AUAAAAGCAGCCCCGUCUCCGAAGUCGUGUAUCCCUGUGAAAUUGUGAAUCCCCUUCCCUUCUUUCCGGAACAUCAACACGACAGCUCGACGAUCGAGUUCUAUUGUAAUAAACUUUCUGGUUUUGGAGUAAUAUCGUCAUUCUCGUAAGUAUUCUUCUGUGCGAGAAGGCCGGCGAACAAUGUACGUAAGGGCGGUGCCACCGACGGAUCUGAACCGGAACACGGAGUGGUUCACGUACCCUGGGGUGUGGACCACCUACAUUCUCAUCGUUUUCUUCUCUUGGCUUGUCGUCCUUUCCGUCUUCAAUUGCUCCCCUGGCAUGGCCUGGACCGUCGUCCACCUCUCCCAUUUUCUCGUCACGUACCAUUGCUUUCAUUGGAAAAAGGGAACACCAUUUGCCGAUGACCAAGGCAUAUACAACAGGUUGACUUGGUGGGAGCAGAUAGACAAUGGCAAGCAACUCACUCGCAACAGAAAGUUUUUGACUGUAGUACCUGUUGUCCUGUACUUGAUAGCCUCGCACACAACUGACUAUCAGCAUCCAAUGCUCUUCUUUAACACGGUGGCAGUUUUUGUUCUGGUGGUUGCAAAGUUCCCACACAUGCACAAGGUCCGUUUAUUUGGAAUUAAUGCUGAUCUCUAAACAGUGAAGAGAAUCAUUCAAGUUUGGUUCACACCAGUUCUUUAGGUUUGAUAAUAUUGAUAUUCCAAUUGAGAUAUCCCUGUACAGAUGUUGAACUGGAAAGGGUGUAAUGUUUUUCUUUAUCAGAGUUAAAAUUCACAUAUUUUACUGUUCCUCACAUUCUGGCAGAGAAGUAGUUCGAUAUUGUAUUUUCUCUUUGUACCAGCUAUUAUUAAUACUGAUGAACUCAGGAGCUAUUCUGUUUUAA